AUGCACUUGUCUCUUAUCCUCGCGGUGGUGAUACCCGUGGCUGUGCAGGCGACCGCCCUGCCGGACGACCACUCUGACGUCCACGGCUUGAUCUUGGAGAGGCAGGCGCCCGGAACACCGCAGUACAACUGCCACGCCGACUGCGGCGCCGCUUCGGCCGGCAGGCGAGAUCCAGCGCACUGCAGCAACUCGACGUGGACGGCCGCGUACGAUGACUGUCUGGAGUGCGCGCUGGACUUCAACAUCUGGACCAUCUACGGCGGCGGCGUCUCCUCUGCCGCCUCGUCCUGCGGGCUGUCUCCCACGCCUUCGCCAUCGGGCGACACGCCGACUGCGCCGCCUGUGACCACGUCGUCGUCGUCCUCCUCCUCCUCCCCCGCGAGCUUGCCUACCACCACCACCGCCUAUCCCUACCAGCGCUGCUUCGAAUCCUAA